AUGAAUUGCAAAAAUGAUUUUAUUCAUUGGACAUCUGCGCAAGGCAUAAUUUGUAAUUAUCACUUGGAAGAAGAAGAUGAAUAUGACAAAGUGGCUGUUUGUAGAGAAGAGGCUGGUGACCGCCUAUAUAUGAGGGACGUGAAAGUUGCUGAUUACGGAUUUGAGAGACCUAACGCUUAUGGUGAGCUUCCGAACACAUUCCAGGAUGUUGUUAGAGAUUCGCGUGCAAAUCACAUGGCUGCUAAACUUAGGCUGAAAGAAGAUGCAGAGGCAGCUGGGAAUAUUGAUUCCUUACAAUUUGCUGAUAACUCUGUGGCCCUGGAUGUGGAGACUGAAGAUCUUAACCAAGUAGAACUCGAUGGUUAUAAUCCAAAAUCUAUUCUGAAAAGGAGAAGUCAUGUAGACUCGAAGUCUGGGAAGCGCGUCCGCUUCCAGUUGAACUCCAAAGGCAGUACUCAGAAUCACGAGGAACAACAAUCUUCAGGAGCCAGUGAUUUGGUGUCAGGGCCACGAUCAAGGGAUGAUUUUGCAGCACCACAAGAAGCAUCUGAUCUUUCGCAAUAUUCAUCUGGUGUUCCAGACUAUCUAAGGAACCCUUCAAAGUACACACGAUAUACUUUUGAUUCAUCUGAAGACACGGAUGAGCAAUCCAAUCGAAAGGCGUAUAUGGAGUUUUUUCAUCGGUUGAGGAAGGGAAACACUGAGAGCUCAUCGGAGGAUGACACUUGUGCUGACAUCCCAAAAUCAAUAGUUUUCACUCCAAAAAAGAAGCCAGAAGAUGACUUAAUGGUGAAAAUAAGGAACGAGUCUGUGGGAGACAGUGGUAAGAAAAGGGGAUUGCCCAUUGGUGUUGCAGAAGAAGAUGCCAAAGAAAGUGAAGUCAGUGCAAUGGAAGAAGACGAGCCAUAUAUAGCAAAUGAUAAAGGUAGCAGCUCGCAGAAACCAGGUCGCCAGUAUCGGUCAAGGACCAGUGCAUGUGAUGACGACAACUUGACCUGA